UCACCCCUAUCCCAUGACGCCUCGAGGAAGUAUUGGAAUCUUGCCGGAAAGUGCUGGCUAUGGCGGUCUUGGUGGUGGUGAUGGUCUGGGUGUUUCUUCAUUUCUUUUUGCACAGCCCCACUAUCAACAACAACAACUACAACCCUAUUUCCAUAACCAAACAUCAACUUCAUCUUCUCUAAGCUUUAGCACCACUAAUUCCAGUGCUCAUCCAUCAUCGUACUCCCAUUUCCUUCAAGAAAGACGUGUUUUCCCUUCACCUUCUUCUUCAUUACUUAGAGAUCAUGGACUACUUCAGGAUGUUGUUCCGUUCCAGAUCCGGAAAGACGAGCCUAAAAAAGAACAGAAUUAAGUGGCCAGGGUUUCAUAAUUUUAACUACUAGCUAUAGUUAGCUACUUUCGCAAGCAUUCAGGAAUCUUUUUAGUAGUCUUAUGUGCUAACAGUGUACAAGGAUCGGUUUUUCGCGUGUUAAUUACCUAUUCUUAGGUAAUAAGAAACACCGACUUCAUUGUUGCGUAGCAAAGUUUGAUCAUCGAUCAGUGUACAAUGACUAGGUUUUUUUUUUCUUGGGUUUUUGGCUAGCUAAUCAUGGAGCGGAUAGCUUGGUUUAUGUUGGUUCUUUUGUUUAUUCGUUGUACUUGACAGAUAUUCCCAUAUUUUGCUAUGGGGGAUUAGGGUAGUAUAUGAUUUUGUACAUCUCAUGAAUUUCAAUUAUAGGUUAUUGUUGCGCGUAAUUGUCCAAAUUAUAUGUAGCCAUGUAAGGCAAAAUUAAUGGUUUCGGCAAA